AUGUACGCCGAUCCUCGCGAGCAGCAGCAGCAACAACAGCAGCCAAGCGAAAGUAACGUCACUGGCAAACGCUCGAGCAUACCGCAGCUCAACGGCGCUUGUCGUUGCAUCGAGGAGGAUGAUCUGCUGCUGCUGCGUAUACGGAGCGACGACGACGAGGAGGACGAGGACGAGGACAAGAACACGAUGACGAGACCAAAGUCGACGCCGGUGCCGCACUGCGUCACUUGUUUCUGCCUGUCGAAUCGGCUCAGAUGCAGCCUCUACGACAUGGACAACAACUCCACGACUCAGUACAACUCGAGCGAGGGCCAGGAGACGCCCAAGUGCUGCGUGCCCGACUGCAAGGCCAAGGCGCGCAAGUGUCCGCCCAACUCGGCCAGCAACCAACAACAACAACAAGCCAGCAGCGUCAAGCACCGUCGCACCACCGUCGACGAGUUGUUGCGCGAGAUGGACCUCAAGGCCGACGACGUCGCCGCGUCGGCCGCAAAAAUAACUAUCCUCUCCAGGACCGAGGAAAAAAUAGAGACGACGGAGCUGGGUCAAAACUCGAUCCGACAGCAGAAGCAGCAGCAGCAGCAGCAGCAGCAGCAGCAGCUACAGCAGCGGGCAGCACGCCGCAAACGUCCAGGCGCAGUACGUCGUCAGCAAAAUAAGCAGCAAGAAAGAAUCUGCCCGAGAGUAAGCAGCUGCGAGAGAUGGCCCGAGCGUCGUAAUUCGACUACUACUACUACUACUGCUCCCAACGACGACGAGAGCCGACUUCGAAAAGCGGCGGCGAUGCAGCAGCUCGACUUGAGCGACUACGACCAGGGCGAGGAGACGCUGGACGAGGCUCGCUACUCCGCGGCAGCGGGCGACUCCGAUCGCCUUCCCAGGAGCAGCAAGUCCAAGACUAAUAUCGAACGAAUGAAACAGCCGGCGACGAAGCGAGUAGUACGAGUCGACGUGGCGUCGGGCGCGUCGUCGUUUCGGAAAAAUAACGGCCACCAGCAGCAGCAGUCGUCUCAGCAACCACCUCUGGAGACAUCGGACGAGGAGGAGGAGCAGGAAGAGGAGUUGCUGGUGGACGGUUUCAAGGCGGAGGCGCUCGAGCUCGAGACCGAGCGACGCGACUGUAUCGAGCGGCUUCAUCGCGACGUGACGAGUCUGCUCGAGAUUCAGCGACGAUUCGACGACAUCGAGGCAGCGAGAAGGAGACGACGACGCUCGACUGGUUCGAGUCAACAGCAGCAGCAGCAGCAGCUAGGAAGACGAGCUCCGUACAGCAGUGGUGCGACGAGCGACAGACGUCGCAGUCGAUCGACGCCUCGGCCUGCCUGA